CAGUGUCCCAUGUCUUCGCCAACAGGCACUAAGUUACUUGCCAUAGAAAUACACCUUUUUUGGGGCAGUUCUUGUAACCCCCGCUUCAAAUUACGCGCUCUGGCCCGUUUGUUUUCUUGUUGAAUUGCCGCUUUCCAUUAUCCGCCAAAUAGUAGCCUUCUUUGCUGCCUCACACAGCGGCACACAGCUGAUCGAUGCACGGGAUCAGCAUCGUCAAAUAGAUUGGUCGAGUUUUGUUGACAAAUUCAGUAAUAAACUAAUAAUGCGAAUUUUCUGGUGGACUCUACAAUUUCAAGCAUGAGUACUCCAAGUUCUCCAAACUCCGAUGAUUUGGAAGAUUUUCCCGGGCGCCUGUUACAUCAGGCGGCUUUGUGGGACAAUGCGGAAUUACUUGAAGAUCUCCUUCACGCUGAUCAAUUACAACAUAUUGAUGGAGUUGAUGCUUGGGGUCGAACACCACUGCAUGCAGCUGCCACCACAGAAAACUCUAGCUGUCUCAGAAUAUUGCUUCAAUAAGGAGCUGAUCCCAACAUCCCUUGUGGGCCUCGAGGAGAAUACAGGACAUCAUUACACAUCACAGCUGAAUAUGGCCAUGUCAACAAUCUUCGGCUUUUGCUUUGUCAUGAAGCUCGUAUUGAUGUCAGAGAUGGUCUUGGAUUCUCUGCAUUGGAUCUAUCAGUCAAAGGUGGUCACAUAGAAUGUGCCACAGCUCUAAAAACAGCCCAGGCAACACAUGAAGCUUCUAUAAAGUUGAAACAUUUUACGGAUUAUUAAAAGCAUGCAUUGAAGGAAACCCUGAUUUAAUGCUCAAACUUUUCAAGGAGCUCAAAGAAGACUUGAAACUUGUUAUAAAUAUGACUGUUGAAGGAUCAAACACAUUAUUAUUCAAAGCUUCAGAAGUUGGUCAUAAGGAAAUAGUUAAUCUCUUACUUGCCAAUGGCGCGGAUGCAAGAGUUCAUCCUGUAACAAAGUAUUCUCCUCUAUACAUAGCAUGUUACAAUGGCCACAAAGAAAUCGCCGAAUUGCUAUUGAGAAAAUAUCCUGAAUUGGUACAAACGCCAACAGUUGAAAAAUGGUUUCCUUCUCACGGAUGCUGUAUACAGGGGCACCAUCAGGUGCUGGAUCUUUUACUCAAGUUCCCGUACCCCUCUAGUAUUCUGAAAAAGUACAUUGAUAAUAAGACUGGCAAUUAUGAAUAUGAACUUCCUUUUGACAUUAACGCGAAAGAUGUAUCAGGACAAACUGUGUUGUAUAUUGCUGCAUACAUGGGAAGUUUGAAGAUGGUAGAGAUCAUUUUGAAGUAUCGCGUCAAAGGGAAAAUGUUAAAGUCUUGCGAAUCAACAACGCAGUCGUUGUCGGGAGCGGAAUCGAUCACGGCGAAAAAACGGAUAUCAGAUUCCAUUCAUGCAUUAAUGUCCCGUCUCAACGUAAACUUAAAAACGGAUACGGCUACACCUGCUGGCAAUGUUAAUCAAACUUUGAGUCCUGUUGAUGUAGACAUCUAUUGUGACCAUGGAACACAAACAGCGUUACACAUUGCUGUGAAGAACAAAAAUUUUGCUAUUGCGUCUCUUAUAUUAGUUGCCGGUGGAAAUCCCAACCUUACAAUAUAUCUAAAUGAAGAAGAAUUGUCAAAAUUACGUUCUCGCACUGCUCUAGACGAGUACGUUUUUACAGGAUCCACUGUGUUGGUUGAAGCAGUCAGACAUCGUGAUAUGGGAAUGAUCGAUCUACUUUUAAAACACGGUGCACGUGACGUGGAAAGCAAAGCUCUUUAUGUGGCUGUUCAAGCGAAAGACGAUAUCAUCACCGGUAAACUUUUGGCUCUGAAAUCGCAUAUUGAUCGGGAAAAAAGUGGAGAGAAUGUGCAAUAAGGAAGUGACUUAUAAUGGCGUUCAUAUCAAGAAGGGCAUGAUAGUAACUGUUCCAGCCUUCGCCCUUCACUAGGACGAGGAGUACUACCCGGAUCCCAACAGAUUCAAUCCCGACAGAUGGGACUCUGAAAGUGAAAUCAAGCCAAACCCCAACGUGUUCAUGCCAUUUGGAGUGAGCCCCCGCAACUGCGUCGGCAUGCGAUUCGCCAUAGAGGAAAUGAAAAUUGCCUUGUGCACCCUCGUCAAAAACUUCCGCUUCUUCCCAGUAGCGGAGACACCCGAGGAGAUGCAAUUCGAAGAUGGAUUUAUAGGAGUCAUUCAACCCAUUCACGCAACAGUUGGCAUCGAAUCACGUUGUUAACGACAACCUACGGACAGUUUGCUUGUUUGAGAAGAUGUAUCAAGUAUUAAAGCAGCUAUAUCUAUGCAUUAAUACACGAGUGUUUUACUUUGA